AUGAAUCUACUUGAUGCUCAGGCCGACUGGAAGGUCAUUCGUCCCUUCCAAUCUUUGAGAUGCGGCUUGUGCAGACAGCCGCUCGAUAAGGAUAAAAACGCACAGCCCUUCUGCUGUUCCAGUUGCAAAGCUUGGCGAUGUGCCAGAUGCAUGGACGGACCUACCUGUUGCUCCUCCGCCCGAGAUUCCACUUUGAAAAUCCCGAUCACGCUGAUCCUGGGUUACAAAGCCAUAGUGGACGCCUACAACGCCCAAAUAGGAUACGAUGACGCAAGACAAAGUGAAUUUGUGGCAAAACUGGAAAAUGAAAUGGCUCUUCUAUGCGACUACUGCGGCCAGAAUUUUAAAUGCUUGCCCGGGAUGUCGUGGCGCACUAAUCUGCAAGGGAUGCUCAAGAAGCUUCGUGAU